AGCUCUGUAAUUGUGCUUCUGUGGGUGACGGGGGGAACUGGAGGAGCAGGGUGUGUUGCGGGGCAAAGUGGGUAGAAGCAAGAUCCUAUCGGGCACCAGCCCCACCCAGCUACCCCAGGGCACCAGGGUAAAGUCAACGCUGCUCACCGGGAGGCUAGUGGACUAAGCCCCGGGGACCAGCACCAUGCCUAUGACACUGGGCUACUGGGACAUCCGUGGGCUGGCUCACGCUAUUCGCCUACUUCUGGAGUACACAGACACAAGCUAUGAGGAGAAGAGAUACACCAUGGGCGACGCUCCCGACUAUGACAGAAGCCAGUGGCUGAGUGAGAAAUUCAAGCUGGGCCUGGACUUUCCCAAUCUGCCCUACUUAAUUGAUGGGUCACACAAGAUCACCCAGAGCAACGCCAUCUUGCGCUACCUUGCCCGCAAGCACAACCUGUGUGGGGAGACAGAGGAGGAGAGGAUCCGUGUGGACAUUUUGGAGAACCAGGCUAUGGAUGUCUCCAAUCAGCUGGCCAGAGUCUGUUACAGCCCAGACUUUGAGAAACUGAAGGCAGAGUACCUGGAGCAGCUUCCUGGAAUGAUGAAGCUCUUCUCACAGUUCCUGGGGAAGCAGACAUGGUUUGUUGGUGAAAAGAUUACUUUUGUAGAUUUUCUUGCUUACGAUAUCCUGGACCUGCAUCUUAUAUUUGAACCCAAGUGCCUGGACGCGUUCCCAAACCUGAAGGACUUCGUGGCCCGCUUUGAGGGCCUGAAGAAGAUCUCUGCCUACAUGAAGACCAGCCGCUUCCUGAGAACACCUCUGUAUACAAGGGUGGCCACAUGGGGCAAUAAGUAGGGCCUUGACAGGGCAGGAGGGGCGGUGAGGAACCUGGGAUCCAGGAAUCGUUGAACUUCCGACAGCCCUGAUACUCUUUUUCUUUCCGCCCCCUUUCUGCCCCCAGGGUGUCAUGGCUCCUCUUUUUUUUCACCCAAUCCCUGCCCUUUCAUGCCCUUUAAAGCCGAGGCUCCUCGUUUUCCUUCAGCAAAGUGCCUUUCUAGCAUGACUGUGCCCUGCCCCCAUUUGACAGUCUUGCCUGCCAGUUGCUGUGCUGUUGUGAAAAAUUGGGACUCUGCCUCAGAGCUCAGCCCAGGGCUCCCCAGUCUUGCUAGGAGACUAGAGAUGGCUGCCGUGUGACGCCCCUGCCCAACUCUGUUGGGUCCCUGCUGUAAAGAAGGCCUGAACCACACUGGCUCUGGCAGCUGCACUGCCAGCUUUUACUGCUGCCUCCAUGGACUACCCAGCAUGACCCUGAGUUAUCAGGGAUUCUGCUUGAUAGGCAGGGGUUAGGACGUCUUGGCCCCAACUGAUAGCCUCACAGCAGGCAGUCGCAGGAGGCUCUGUGGAGUUCAAAGGGAGCUUGGAUCUCCUUUAAGCUAGCAUUACUUAGGUUUGUCAUGCAGGUCUUAGGGGUGAGGAUCCAAGCUGGUGGGAGUCCCCAGCAGCAAGCCAAGAUCCUCUCUGCCUCACAGUGGUAUGGCUGUGUUAUAUCUAUAUGUCUCCAAGAUCUGUCUAUUGGGUCUCUGAUGCCUUCAGAGUAUCCUGUCUUAGUCACAGAGGAUAGGGACUGUCUUGGUUAAUCCCUUCCCUCUGUGAGCCCCUGUGAAAUAAAUGCCAUCAUGUUUUCGUGA